ACAGAAGAAAAGAUAUAAAUACAGCAGCAAAAAACAAAUGGAAUAAAAAAUAUCAAAAAGAAGAAAAUAUGCAAAUAGAAAUUACCAAAAUUAUAGAUAAAGCAGAAAUAGAAACAACAGAAGAAGAAAUGCAGAUAGCAGAUAAGUUAGAUAGCUAA